GUGAGGGACGUGUGUGUCUCUGGUGGGUUGGUGAGGAUUCUCUCCCAAAUUCUUGGACGCUCAUCUAUUUUCCGCGAUACUGCUGAAAGGAACGAUGAACGGGACGAUGGCGAUGGCACCGACAUCACAAAACAGCACAGAACCGCCAAACAAGAAGGCCAAGCUGGAAGAUGUUACAGCGGAGAGACAGUACAGAAUCCGUGGCCUACGACUGAGCUGUGAUCAUGAGCGUGCGCCAAACAAAGAAAGAGCUCUCUACAUUCGUUGAACAGAACAAAUCAGAGUUUUAACAAACUCCCACUGAUACUGCAUCUAUUGUCGAGUACCAAAUAUGAUGCGUAUUUUAGAUAGGUCAGCAUUUUAGGGUAGUUUCUCUGAUCCCGAUUACGAGCCUCUCCUAUCUGUGAAACACUAGCUUUAUUUCGGGCAGAGAGAGAGAGAAAGAGAGAGACAGAGAGAGAGACAGAGAUGAAUUUCAUCUUGAAAUUUUUGUCACAGUACCUGUAAAAUAUUGUCUGCAUUAAUUGAGAGACACUACGGUCCUUACUCUGAACUCUUUUUUAUCGAUAAAAGUUCCUCUAAAUGUUCUUAUAAACCAAUCAGAAGGCUUCUAAGUUACAUUUAGAGGCACUUUCAUCAAUAAAAAGGAGUUCAGAUUAAGAACUUAUGGCUUCGAACGUGUGAUUGUUCCAUGGCAUUGUCGGUAUAGUAACAAAACCUAAGAGUAGCGAAUUUUGAAGUGAUUCAGAGGCUCAUAAUCGACAGUGGCAAUGGCGAAGGGUGUAUGUUGAAGGUGCCGUUUAAGAGAAUCCAUCCAUUUGCAUUUAUGCAUCUCAGAUAUUAGUAAUAAGUCAAGCUCCAACACUUGGACGUCGAUAUAGCCAUCGAUGUCGCUUAAUGACACCCACGUAUACACGCUGUUCAUUCUCCCUUCGCUUCAUCUCCCCCCGUGAUAUCUCGUUUUGUUCCAUCAUCGCUACGCGGAAUGACAGUGCGAUGAUCGUCUUUCUCUUCGCGCGCUGUUUUCGAGGCACGUUAUAACGAUGUCCGAGUGUGUACAACGUAGGUGAUAUCUAUACAUUGAGAAAUUGAACUGUGAUACGGAUAUACCUUUGAUAUCACGACCACAUCGGCUGGUCUUCUUCGAUCUGACGUCAUUCGUACUAAUCAUGGCAAAAAAGAGACAGAAAGAAAAAUUAAAGAAAUUCACGCGUACCCUACGCCUGCGUCGACUACGAUCUCGCCAUUGCUACGCGACAAGUGUUAGGCUUAAUUAACGUGGUAGGUUGGAAAAGGCAGAGACUAAGAACAUGGCGCAGAAAAUGCACUGAGAGUAUUCUCCUUUGCUUUGUGCUUACAGAUUUGAGUGCGUCGCCUCAAUCUCGGAUAAUUUGCGCACAACCGUCAUUGCUCAGCCCAUGAACACGGUUAGCUGUUAAUCGAAUAUAUGAGUCCUUAAUUCACAAAUAGUCGAGCGAACGUACUUUAAACGAACGAGACAGGGAAAUCUUCUUUUUUCACGACAAACGCUACAACGUGUUCUGAUUUCUGUUUCAGAGACUAGCAGACCAAAUUGGUUAGGAUCGUAUGAAACCUAAUCUAAUGAGUAGUAUGAUUUUCGGGGCUGAUUGUGCAAAUAAACCGCAUAAACUAGAGACUUUGAUCUUACGAUACCUUGCUCGGCUAAUGAUUUAAUCGUGUCGCAUUUGUUUCAUGAUACACAUAUUUAUACAGGGUACUCUGAUGCAAAGUGUUCCAUACCCCGUGUACAUGUAGAUUAGAUCGAACGGAACACGAAAUUCUUACAUUAUUUUGCAAACAAUCGCGUAAAAUUUUGAGUUAUUAAGUUAAGGAAGAUUGGCAAAUGAUCACGCGUAAUACGGCAGAUGGAUGAGCUGUGAUAGUGACGCCUGCAGUCAUGUGUGUGCUUGUAGAUUAGGUCAAAUUAAAUAAAAGAAAGUCCUAUUUUACCAAUAACCACGUAGAUUUUUUAGUUAUUAAUUAAAGAAGAUCAACGGGUAAUCGCACGCGCUAAAUACACCAAUGUUCUUUAAUAAAUAACUAAAAAUCUAUGUGGUUAUCCGUAAAAUGGAGAGAAUAUUCGCUAUAUCGCGCGUGCUCGCACUCGCUGAUCUUCUUUAAUUAGUAAUUCAAAAUUUCACGUAGCUGUUUGCGCAAAAUAGUAGGGGAAUUUUGUAUUCAGUUUAAUCUAGUCGACAUGCACACGAGGUAUGGGACAUUUUGCGUCAGACAUUCUGUAUGUAUCUCUUGGAUUGUGGUUCGUCCGCGCGUUCUCUCGCGAGUUGCGUCACUUCUGACAGUAAUCUCCGAUAAAUUUCUUACCUGUGGUCUUCCAAUCGAACACAUCUUGUUGUCUUCCAAACAGUAUCGAACGAGGGAUACGCAUAUCUGUAUAUCUCUCCGUUUCGAUGCGUGCGCUUAUAUGUACAAAUAUGUCACAGUUUCCCACAUAUACACACCACGUACGUGCCACUACAGUCACACGUUACACGCACUGACAUACGCAAAAAUACGCUUACGAAAUGGAUGUGAUGAAGAGUUUGUAAUAUUCCUUGAUCGUUUUAAUUUCUGUGAACUUACAGUUCGGAGGACGUGUACGGUUUUAUCAUAGCGGCUGAUAUCUGGCACGGCACCCAUUGAUCCCAUGUUAAAAAAGAGAAAAAAAAAUAUUCCAUUUAUAAAUAGGAAUAAAACAUGUGUUUGCAUAGCUUCAAUGCGACUAGCUGAAACUUCACUAGCCUAGGGCGAUAGGUCGUCAAGCUGUUACACAGAUCGGUUGAGGCAAACUCCCGCGAUUUCCGAUUGUUGAUAUAUUAGCAAUCAUAGAGUUAUUUUAUAUUGAGAAUGUAUCAAAGAGAGACAAAAUCUCGUUUCUCUUUUGAGCAACAUGAGUUACGAGAUAUAAUGGCCACCGAAGGUUUGCUGACGAAAAAGCAAUCCCAAAUUCGUUAAAUUGAGAUCACUAAAAGAUGACUCACUGGUGUAAUUCGUCUAUAUAUCGUAUCUGAAGAUGAUAUGUUUCAAGUAUUCUUCUGAUACUUGUCUACAUUGAUGCGAAUAACUAUCUAACGCAUGAUUUCUUCGUAGGAAAUGCAACAGAGUUCUUAUCAGGGCCCAUAUAUGAUCUCAAUCAGAUAGGUCAGGUUGUUGCUGGGCCUGGCGCUAAGUAUCUGACACUGCCUGGAAUAUUAGGAGCUGGUCUACCAAAAAUCACAUCUGAACAGCAGGAUACGGUAAACAGGGCGAAGAAGUAUGCGAUGGAACAAAGCAUCAAAAUGGUCCUCAUGAAACAAACAUUGGCCCAUCAACAACAGCAAAUGGCUAGUCAACGGAAUCAGGUCCAAAGACAGCAGGCUCUCGCCCUCAUGUGCAGAGUUUACGUGGGCAGCAUAAGUUUCGAAUUAAAGGAAGAUACUAUCAGGCAAGCCUUCUUGCCGUUCGGACCUAUCAAGUCUAUCAAUAUGUCUUGGGAUCCUGUCACGCAGAAGCAUAAAGGUUUCGCCUUUGUCGAAUACGAGAUACCCGAAGCGGCACAACUUGCAUUGGAGCAAAUGAACGGUGUCAUGAUUGGUGGACGCAACAUCAAGGUGGUUGGGCGACCGUCUAAUAUGCCUCAAGCACAAUCUGUAAUAGAUGAGAUUACAGAAGAGAGCAAACAUUACAAUCGCAUUUAUAUCGCGUCGAUACAUCAAGACCUAACAGAGGAAGAUAUUAAGUCGGUUUUCGAGGCUUUCGGACCGAUCACUUAUUGCAAACUCGCACAAGGCAGUUCUCCCCAUCGGCACAAGGGCUACGGUUUUAUUGAAUACGAGACUAUGCAGGCAGCAUUAGAAGCUAUUGCCUCCAUGAACUUGUUCGAUCUCGGUGGUCAGUACCUAAGAGUGGGCAGAGCGAUAACACCGCCAAAUGCUCUUAUGGGUCCACCUAGUGGCACAAGUAUGAUGCCUACUGCAGCCGCGGUUGCUGCGGCAGCUGCAACUGCCAAAAUUCAAGCAAUGGACGCGGUAGCGAGUAACGCGGUAGCAUUAGGUCUAACGAAAUUAGGAGCUGCUGCACCACCGAUACUGAAUCAAGCUUUACCAGGCGUAGUACGUCCAACUAUCGCACCUGCGACGAUUAUGGCACCGCCAACAGUAGCAACGGUAGCGCCGGUGAUACCUCCUCCUGGCAUAGCCAUUCCGCAAACUUUAACGCGACCGCCAGCCAUCAUCCAGCCGAUUCCUGGACAACCGGUCGUUAUACCGCCUCCCGCAGUCGUCGCUCCUACGAUCGUCGGCACACCAGUUAUACCUGUUACUACCGCGAGCUCUGACAUCAUGAGGCGAGCGCAAGAACAAGCAGCUCAUCAAAAACAACAAGAGGAAUUGCAAAAGAAGUUGUUGGAGGAGACUGAACCGCAGACACUGCAACAGCAGGAGAAUAUGUCAAUUAAGGGCCAGAGUGCGCGUCAUCUUGUGAUGCAGAAGCUCAUGCGUAAAGUCGAGUCUCGAGUCGUCAUCUUAAGAAACAUGGUGGCGCCGGAGGAUGUGGACGAGAGUCUGCAGGAGGAAAUUCAAGACGAGUGUUCUAAGUUCGGCGUUGUCGAACGAGUUAUCAUUUAUAACGAAAGACAGUCCGAAGAUGAUGAGAAUGCUGAAGUUAUCGUAAAAAUAUUCGUCGAGUUUUCCCAAAUGAGUGAAGCGGAACGUGCAAGAGAUUCAUUAAACGGUCGUUAUUUCGGUGGUCGAUUGGUUAAAGGAGAACUGUACGACCAGGCCUUGUUUGACAAUAGCGACUUUUCCGGUUGAUGUGAAAAAUAUCACUUUAAUUUGCUGUAUAUUAUGUUUCACUAUCAACUUUAUAGGCAAGUUGUGUCACUUAAUGUUAACUGACAUAACUAUGUGACAAAUUUUUCGCGCUAUUCCAAUUAGUAUUUAUAACGAAAUCUUACAAAAUAUAGCAUUGAGCAAAAUGGGCAAAAAGUCAGACACAUACAAUAUUCACGGUUCUAAUAUUAAGUUUUAAUAAUAAUUGUCGUAAAGUGUAAUAGGCAAUUGAAUGGCGAAACGAUAAUUUGGAGAAACAGACAAAUUAAAUUGAAUUUGCAUCGAUCUUAGAAUAGUGUUUGUACAUUCAAACUUCGUUUUUAGAAAACUAAACUUGAUCGUAGCAAUACUGAUCGUUCUGUAUUUCAAUUACACGUUAGAGUUACAGUUUUCUUAAAAGAUGGAUAUUUCGUAUACUUAUUUACCUAUUAUUAAUAUAGUUCCAUAAUAUUAUUAUAUUGUUAUGAUUUUAGUAUUAAUUCUUAACUGGAACGAUGGGAACGUUUCACGUGAUAUUGCAGUAACACCUUGCAGGGGCUUUGUUAGUGUGAGUGUGAGUGUGUGCAUGUGCGAUCUAAGUAACGUAAAUAAUAUUGCGAUAUUAGCGUAAGUAGAACAGUAACACUUUGCGACCACAAAUCUGCGAUUGAAUUGCAAAUUUAUCUGCAAUAAAGCAAUCUGCAAUUUGUUUGAAGCAAGCUUACUUUAAUAAACUCUAAAGAAAAAUGGGAAGAAACUAAAUUCAAUGAAAAUGUAAGUGCAAGAGAAACAUACAAGUGUGUGAACAUUUCUAAUAAUUUUGUUUCUUCAAUUAUUGUAGAAUGCAUGUAGUGUUGUAGUGAUUCAAUUGAUAUAUUUUUGAGUGGCAUUAUUUGGGAUCGUUCUCUCUUUCUCCAGCUUUGAAUCUUCACAGUUCCAGUUAAGGGUUAAUCGGUAUCGAUUGUAUAUGAGAGAAAGUGAUAUAUCUUAAUUUACACAUGUGUAUAGAAAUAAUAUUAAUAAAUAUCGUUUUACACAUA